AUGGUGGUUCAAAGAUUGAGGACUUUGGUGCUGUUUGGGGUUAUUUUGUUGUUUUGUUACACAUGGAAAUUCUUCCUGCCAAGGAGUCCAAAAAGUGUGGUUUAUGGUGAGGAGAUGAUCAUACCGCAGGAUGUUUGGGAACAGGUUAAGAAAAACAAUGAGAUUUUGCACGAUAACGAGAUUGAGGUUGAGAGGGAACGGGUGACGACAACGAGUUCGACGACGAGUUCAGUGGAAGAAGUGAUGACAUCGACAACACCUGAAGUUGCGGUAGCGACGGAUUCACAAACGGUAUCGACCCCUUCACCAACACCAACAAAUAUGCCACAUGAAGUCGCCGAUUCAUCCAAAUCCCAGGCGGCUCAAAAUGAGGCCUCGGAAUCAAGACAACAUUUUUCCUCGGAGCAGACACAGGCUCCAAAAGCAGACAGUAAUGAACAGAAUAGUACUCCAUCUCAAGAGGCCCAGCAACAGCAAGAAUUCAAUCCGAUGAUCAAAGAUAAUUUCCCAUUAGCAAUGAACGCUCGCUCCGCCGCCGACUUACCUCCUAUUCCCCCAUGGAACAAACCUCCGACCCCCCACGUUAAAGAGAAAACACCCCUUUUCAUUGCUUUCACUAGGAAUUGGCCAUUACUCCAGCAAACGGUCGUCUCUUGGAUAACUUCAGGUUGGCCAGCCGAAGAUAUAUAUGUCGUUGAAAACACCGGUACGAUGAGAUCCAACGAAUUUGGUCGUCUUUCCCUCCAAAAUCCUUUUUUCCUAAAUCACACUCGACUUCAUAUGUUAGGUGUGAAUGUUAUAGUUACACCAACUCUUUAUACAUUUGCCCAAUUGCAAAAUUUCUUUCUCUGGACCGCUAUCGAAAAGGAUCUUGAGACUUAUUUUUGGAGUCACAUGGAUAUCGUUCCUAUCACUUUCGAAGAGGACACCUCUGCAUCUGAUAAUUACUCUGGGCACAAAACUAUCUAUCAACAUGCUGUCGAAGUUUCUUAA